GCAAUCUUUGAAACCCUAACUCCUGAAUCGAAGCAGAUCCUGAUCGAAUCGAAGGUGUUGUUGCUCCUGCAUCGAAUGAUAGUAAAUUCGGAACCCUAAUUAACAAUGGGUGGUACGGACGCGAAAGAUAUUCUCGGGUUGCCGAAGACUCCACUGUCUUUAACUCAGGAGAAGAAAUCUCGACCCCAGAAAGAGUCCCAUCGAAAACCCGAUGGCAUUUCUCGCGAGGUUUAUGCGCUUACCGGCGGCGUUGCACCUCUUAUGCCUUCAAUUGAUUUGAAGCGACGUCCUCCUGCAGAUGAGAAGGUUGCUUGGAAAUGGCUUUCCUUCACAAAUUCUGCUAGGAAAGAUGAUUUGCAGCUUUACCAUUGGGUUAGAGUGGUUAAUGAUGUUCCACCAACAGGUGACUAUUCCUUUGCCAAAUAUAACAAGUCAGUUGAUAUUUUGAAAUACACAGACGAGGAGUAUGAGAAUCAUUUAACGGAUCCUGUGUGGACCAAGGAAGAGACAGAUCAGUUGUUUGAAUUCUGUCAAAAUUUUGAUCUCCGCUUUGUUGUAAUAGCUGAUCGAUUUCCGGUAUCACGGACUGUGGAGGAAUUGAAGGAUCGUUACUACAGUGUAAACCGGGCCCUGCUGCGUGCUAGAGCUCAGUCUCCAGCAGAUGUUGCAAACCAUCCUCUCAUGAAGGAACCUUAUGAUAUUACACGCGAUAGAGAGCGCAAGCGGGCAUUGUCCAUGGUCCUGUCCCAGAGUAGACAUCAGGAGAAGAAAGAUGCUGAGAUACUUGCUGAGGCUAAAAGAAUCACAGAGAUGCGAUUGGCAGCACGUCGUGCAGAAGAACCUGAUGUGUCUGCAAAUGAGAACGCCGGUCUUGAUAAAGCUGAUGGGGUAGUUCCAGGGCGUAGUGUAUCUCCAACAUCCAAUUCUCAACUUCCUGCUACUGCCGUGGCUCCAUCAACACUAACUAUGGCAGAUUAUGCCUCUACCCUUGCUUCUCUCCGCAUGCUCCAUGUAUACUUGAGAACCUAUGGACUUGAACAAAUGGUCCAAGCUGCAAGCUCUGCUGUUGGUCUUCGAACGAUCAAGCGUGUUGAGCAGACUCUGCAAGAUCUCGGGGUUAAUUUAAAGCCAAAGGUUCCUACAAAAACUGUAUGUGAUGAGCAUCUUGAGUUACGAAAAGAAAUAUUAACACUACUGAAUCUUCAGAAGCAGCUGCAAUAUAAGGAAUCAGAAGGUUCAUCACAUCGUGAAGGGUCAUAUGCUGCAAUGCCAGACACUCCAAAAGAUCGUGUUUUCGCAUCGGACCCAUUCAGUUUUGGAGCUGAAAGACCAAUCAAGAAGGACCAAAAACGCAAGGGUCCUGGAAGACAAGCAGAUACUCCUUCACCAGCUCAUAAGCGUCCGAGAAAGUUGAAAGCCUCUGAUCUCUAAAAUCUCUCUACUCGGACUCAGCAAUUUUAAUGUGUGUGUAUAUACCAUUUCCGGGUGAUUCCAAACACUGCACUGUUUUCAGUUGUUGAACCUUUUCAUUGGUGGUUUUUUGAGUCUUUACACCGGUUCUUCAACUCAUUUACAGUACGAUCAUCAUGUCGAAAAAUGAAGCUAGUGAAUCACU